AUGUCACACCCAAUAAACGAGGCCAACGAAAACAGCCCCUACGGAGGCCUAACAAGAGAAGAAUUCUACAAGAAACACAAAGUUACUCACUAUGAAAGCUUCAUCCUCAAUGCCCAGAAGAUGAAAAUCUUCACUCAAUCAUGGCGCCCUGCUGCGGACGCAGAGCUCAAAGGGGUUGUAGCCAUGGUCCAUGGCUACUCCUCUGACAGCGGAUGGAUCUUCGAGCUCACUGCUGUCGCCAUAGCCAAAUAUGGGUUCCUUGUUUGCUCUCUGGAUCUUCAAGGUCAUGGCCGCUCCGAAGGCUCCCCUGGUUAUAUCCCAGAUAUCGAACUCCUCCUUCUUGAUUGCACUCUGUUUUUCGACUCUGUUCGAGAACAGAAUCCCACCCUUCCUGCCUUUCUCUAUGGAGAAUCACUAGGCGGCGCAAUUUCGAUGCUUAUUGCCCUGAAGCAAAUGGAGGUUUGGAAUGGAAUCGUGUUGAACGGCUCCAUGUGUGGAAUAUCGGCGAAAUUCAAACCGAUUUGGCCAUUGGAGAAGCUUCUUCCAUUAGCGGCGUCUUUAGCGCCGUCACUGCGAUUGGUCGUAUCGAAACCGCUCGCGGGUAAAUCGUACAAAGAGGAGUGGAAGAGGAGAUUGGUGGCUAGAAACCCCAAUCGGCGAUUCUCGGGAAAACCGCCGAUGGCGACGGCAUUGGAGUUUCUUCGAGUCUGCGAGUACAUAAAGACGAACUGCCAUGAAAUUAGGAUUCCGAUGCUGAUGGUUCAUGGGGAAGACGACGUUGUUUGCGACAGCCGGUCGGCGAGAUUUGUGUUCGAAUCGGCGGCGAGUGAGGACAAGACGUUGAAGGUUUAUCCCGGAACGUGGCACCAGUUGAUCGGCGAGCCGAAGGAGAAUGUGGAGCUUGUCUAUGGCACCAUAUUUAACUGUAUAUGA